AUGGCUGACUCUGGGAAGAUUACCAUCUCGAUCGACCGCGGGGGCACCUUCACUGAUGUUCACGCCAUUGUUCCUGGUCGUUCUGACAUUAUCUUGAAACUCCUCUCAGUUGACCCCGCUCACUAUCAAGAUGCUCCCACAGAGGGUAUCCGCCAAAUUCUGGAGCUCGCUACUGGUGAGUCACAUCCUCGUGGCCAGCCACUAAAGCUCGACCGGAUUGGGUGUCUUCGCAUGGGCACAACAGUAGCCACCAAUGCAUUGCUAGAGCGCAAAGGUGCGCGAUCAGUGCUCUUCACUACCAAGGGAUUUCGUGAUCUACUCAAAAUUGGUGAUCAGUCUCGUCCGGCGAUCUUUGACUUGACUAUGGCACGCCCGGGCGUGCUUCCCGAGGAGGUCGUUGAAGUUAAUGAGCGGGUGGUCCCUUGCCAUCCUGCCGCAGAUAUUGACUGCUUCUCAGAGGCUCGUGUGGUCGAGGGCAUCACUGGCGAGAAAUUCCGCGUGGUGCAGGAAAUGGAUCUUGACCAUGUGCGGUCAGAAUUACAACGUCUUAAGGCGGCCGGCUACCAAUCUCUCUCCGUGGCCCUAGUUCACUCGUUCGCCUACCCUGAACAUGAACGUCAAAUUGGCGAGAUCGCACAGCAAAUGGGAUUCUCUGUCACGCUAUCUUCAAAACUGCAGCCUAUGAUCAAGAUUGUACCUCGCGGCAUGUCAGCUGCAGCCGACGCCUAUCUCACGCCUGUCAUCAAGACUUACAUCGAUUCAAUAUCCUCCAGUUUUGAGGGUGGCCUCGAGAAACAAGAGCAAUGUCGCUUUGAAUUUAUGCAAUCAGAUGGUGGAUUAGUCGAUUUCCGCAAAUUUAGUGGUCUGAAGGCCAUUCUAUCCGGCCCCGCUGCUGGAGUCGUUGGUUUCGCUGCCACGAGCUGGGAUUCUGUUGAGAAAACUCCAGUUAUUGGUUUUGAUAUGGGCGGCACUUCCACCGAUGUUUCUCGUUUUGAUGGACACCUAGAGCAUGUCUUUGGCUCCAAGGUUGCUGGAAUUCUGAUUCAAUCACCCCAGCUCGAUAUCAAUACCGUCGCUGCAGGUGGUGGGUCGAUUCUCUCCUGGCGCAAUGGCCUCUUUUAUGUCGGUCCCGAAUCCGCCAGUGCUCAUCCUGGACCAGCUUGCUACCGCAAAGGAGGCCCAUUGACAGUGACGGAUGCCAAUCUGUUCUUGGGCCGGCUCCUCCCGACACAAAAGUUCCACGAUCUGACGCAAAAGAUCAAUGUCGAACGUCGCCAGCGUUUCCAGUCAGAGUACACACCAGAGGAUGUCGCGCUCGGUUUCCUCAAGGUCGCUGACGAGUCAAUGGCCCGACCGAUCCGCAACCUCACUGAAGCCCGUGGCUUUGAAACUGCCUCUCACCAUUUGGCCUGCUUUGGUGGAGCGGGAGGUCAGCACGCCUGCUCGGUGGCUGAUUCUUUGGGUAUUUCUCGCAUAAUCGUUCAUAAAUAUUCUUCGAUCCUGUCGGCAUAUGGCUUGGCUUUGGCCGAGGUAGUAAAAGAAUCCCAGGAGCCGGUCUCAACUGACUACCUCUCCUCGCAUACUACUCUCCUCCAGCGCUUUGACGGCAUGGCAUCGGAAGCAACAAAGGAUAUGCUAUCGCAAGGCUUCCCCUCUAACCAGGUCCGCCACGAACAAUAUUUGAACAUGCGCUAUGAAGGCUCCGACACUAGCUUGAUGAUUUUGCGCCCCGAAGAAUCAACCGACUUCAUGAGCGAAUUUCGGGAACGCCACCGCCGAGAAUUCAAUUUCAACUCUGAGAGACCGGUUCUCGUCGAUGAUAUCCGUGUGCGAACGAUUGCUUCGACCCAAGUCCGCACAGAGCGCAGCCCUCUACUGCAGAUGAAGGAGACCGACAUCCAUGACGUGAAAACUGCUCCUGCUAAUACGACUACUGCUUACUUUGAUGGCUACUCCGAGCGUAUCAAAACGCCGGUGUAUCUUUUGGAUCAACUCGAGAAGGGCUCCCGCAUUUCUGGUCCUGCAGUCAUCAUCGACAAGACCCAGACCAUUGUUGUCGCCCCCAACGCAGUUGCGCAACUCCUCGAAACCUGCAUUGUCAUUGACUUGCAGGACAAGGUGAAAGCUUCAACCCCGGAAACCCAGGUGACAUCGGAGGUCGACCCCAUCCGCCUCAGCAUCUUUGGCCAUAGAUUCAUGUCCAUUGCGGAGCAGAUGGGUCGGACUUUGCAAAAGACGUCCGUUUCCACAAAUAUCAAAGAGCGCCUGGACUUUUCAUGUGCUCUCUUCUCGCCCGAUGGUGGACUAGUUGCCAAUGCCCCUCAUGUCCCGGUUCAUCUGGGAUCCAUGCAGUUCGCAGUUCGCUACCAGCAUGAGAAAUGGCUGGGAAACCUGAAAGAUGGUGAUGUGCUUGUGGCCAACCAUCCUACAUGUGGUGGAACUCACUUGCCUGAUAUCACUGUUAUCACCCCCGUCUUUGACAGACCUGGUGGAACUGAAAUUAUGUUCUACGUUGCUUCCCGUGGUCACCAUGCCGACAUUGGCGGAAUCCUCCCGGGCUCUAUGCCUCCCAAAUCCACUGAGCUUUGGCAGGAGGGAGCUGCCAUUGAAGGCGACAAAAUUGUCAGCAACGGUGUCCUGGACGAGGCACGUCUUAUUGAAUUGUUGGUUACCAAGCCUGCACAAUACCCCGGAUGUUCAGGCGCGCGUUGUAUUAGCGACAAUCUGUCCGAUCUGAAGGCCCAGAUCGCCGCCAACACCCGCGGCAUCAAUCUUAUCCAAACAUUGUUUGCUGAAUACGGAGUGGAAACUGUCCAAAAGUACAUGUAUGCCAUCCAGGCAACCGCCGAGACAGCCGUGCGCAAUCUCCUCAAGGGUCUUUACCAUAAGUUUGGCGGACAGCCCUUGGAAGCGGUGGAUUAUAUGGAUGAUGGCACGCCCAUUCGCCUGAAGGUUACCAUCGAUGGGACCAAUGGCUCAGCCAUCUUCGACUUCGAUGGCACUGGCCCUGAAGUGUAUGGUAGCUGGAAUGCUCCGAUUGCCAUCACCCACUCGGCAAUCAUUUACUGCUUGCGUUGUAUGAUCAACGCAGAUGUCCCACUGAACCAAGGAUGUCUGGCCCCUAUCAACAUCCAAGUUCCCUCACCAAGUAUUCUAUCGCCCACCAGGACCGCCGCCGUGGUCGGUGGCAAUGUGGUGACCUCGCAACGCAUCACAGACGUGGUCUUCAAGGCCUUCCAAGCCUGCGCUGCUUCCCAGGGUUGCUGCAACAAUCUUACUUUUGGGACAGACGCCAAGAUCGACCCUUCUAGCGGCGAAGUGAUCAAACCAGGAUUCGGAUACUACGAGACCAUCGCAGGUGGAAGCGGUGCAGGGCCAACCUGGAAGGGCGAAUCAGGCAUCCACAUUCUCGAGAAGCGCUAUCCAACCUUACUCCGCCAGUUCACUCUGCGCGAGGGAUCCGGAGGCAAAGGCAAGAACCCCGGUGGCGAGGGUGUGAUUCGUGAAAUCGAGUUCCUUUCACCAAUUCAGUGCUCGAUUCUUUCUGAAAGACGUGUGCACCGUCCUUAUGGGCUCGAGGGUGGUGGCGAUGCGCAGACCGGUCUGAACCAGUGGAUAACGAAAGACGAAGAGACAGGCGAGGAACGGCGAAUUAACAUCGGCGGUAAGAAUACCGUUGCUAUGAAGACACAUGAUAGGAUUGUCAUUAUGACUGCCGGUGGUGGUGGAUGGGGAGCCGUUGAGGCUGCUGCAUAA